AUGGGGUUGAGAAAGCUUAUGGAAAGGAUUGGAGCCUAUGGAGCAGAUUGGGCUGAACUUUCAAGUGCCGUCUCUUUUGCUGUUGUACUUUCGUAUCUCUGCAAACAAGACGGGAAGGACGUCAUCUUGAGACUGGAAGACAAUUCGGAAAAUACUGCCAAUUUUGGGGUAGAUGAUAUGAUUUUUGUUAAAGAAGAGGAAGUUUUUCCAACUAUUAAAGCUGAUGAUUUCUCUAUAGAGAAAAAAAUCAAGGGUACCAGUGAUACUAUGGAAGCAAAGCCUAAUGGCAAGAGAAAGUUGCUUGAGAAAAUCGCUGAGAAAAAAGAAGCAAAUAAGUCUCCUGACAGUUGGUUUGAGUUGAAAGUUAACACACAGCCAAAUGAUGUUACUGUUGAUAAGGUUGUAGAAGUAUUCUCCAAAUGUGGAAUCAUAAAGGAGUUUGAAACGAAGAAGUCUCGUGUAAAUAUCUAUGUUGACAAAGAAAGUGGAAGGCAAAAAGGGGAUGCACUUGUGACCUUUUUAAAGGAGCCUUCAGUAGAUUUGGCAAUCCAAAUUUUGGAUAGUACACCUUUUCGGGCUGGUGGCAAAAUUCCUAUGUCUGUUACAAAAGCUAGGUUCAAGCAGAAAGGUAAUACAUUCUUACCAAAGAAAGUGGAUAAGAGAAAGAAGAAAAAGCUCCAGCACCUUGAACAGAAAAUGCUUGGAUGGGGUGGUAAAGAUGAUGCCAAAUUAUUGAUUCCAGCCACUGUAAUUCUGCAGUAUAUGUUCACCUCAGCUGAAAUCAAGAUACUGCUAAGAGCACAUCUUCUCCUCCUUCUGUUCUUAAAUACAACUUCUCAAUUUGGCAAUCGUUAUUUGACAAUUGCUGAUGAGAACUUACGUUUUGAAUUGGAGGAAGAUGUUAGAGAUGAGUGUACAAAGCUUAGUCCACUAGAGUCAGUCAAGGUAUCUGUUAUGGUUCCGGUCAAGUGUCAAUGA